CGCUGGGCGCCGAGGGUGCACUUCCGGGUCGCGACCUCGGCUCGCGUCGUUUUCCGCGCGGAAGAUGGCGGCGCGCGUGGCUCGCGGCGCGGUGCGGACCGUGGCCUUCAUCAGGGGCAUCCCCUGGACGGUGUCCGCGGGUGAGCUGAGACAACACUUCGCACAGUUUGGUCACAUACGAAGGUGCAACUUACCUUUUGACAAAGAUACUGGCUUUCACAGAGGACUAGGCUGGGUCCAGUUUUCUUCGGAGGAAGAACUUAAUAACGUCCUGCAGCACGACAAGCAUGUUAUCGAUGGUGUGAAGCUCAUGGUUCUAUCCCAGAGGCCUAAAGCACUUCAAGGAGGCCAAGCGUCUGAUGAAGACAAAGAUCUCUGAGACCGUUACUCCUAAUAAAUAAACAAAACCUGA